CCGAAAUCUGAUUUUGGGGAAUAGUAAUAGAAAUCAAAGUAAAGUGUCCCUAAUGAAUAGUUAUACUUUGGAACCCACCAUCUUCUAAAAAUAAAUAGAAACAUUAAAACAAUAUUAGUUAAGGUAAAAUAGAAAUAGAAAUUCAGUUUGUAAAUUUCAAGAAAUAAUGAAUGGAUUAUCCCCUUCUAGGACUGUAUAUAAAAUAUUUUUUUACGUGUUAAAGUAACUCAUGAUAGAAAAAAAAUACAUUACUUCCCCCUAAAAUAAUCAAGUAAUGAAUAUUCACUUUUAAAUGAAAUUUUAACUAAAAUACUUAAAACCAUAUUUUCUUAAAAAUAAACAUUUCAUGUGUGCAUUGCAUAUUUGAAAUAAAUUUUCAAAUAACGAGGUAAGAUAAUUAGUAAAAAAAAUACUUGCAUAUUAUACUGGAUAUUUUAUCUGUUUGUUGUGAAUUCUAUUAAAGUCUAAAACCUAGAAUAAAAAUUGAAGUUGGGAUUUAAAACUGAAAUGGGAAAAUAAGAAACAUAAAAGAAAAAAAAUAAAACUACUACUCGAGACGUACCACAUAGGAGACGUUGAAUUUCCACUUUCUUUAUUCACCUAGACGGAGCUUACGUCAUGCUGAUGCAAGAAGUGAUGUCAUCAUGCAAAUUCAACCCAGCACGUAGGCGAUGCGGCCGGGGAGCAGCUGGACCAGGUCCCAUGACCGCCGGACUCAUAGGGAUUGCGUUGGGUUCAGGUUGUUGAGAUCUGUGUGAUUCCGUAACAAACACGGAUGCUAUCUAAGAUUCAAUCGGCCUCCUCUAUGGGCAUAUAUUGCCGAGCCCUUCAUCCAUCUUGCACAACCGAGCGAACAGGAGGGAGAUUACCGCCAUGGCGAGGAGCCUGCGUCCCGUGGUGGACCUCCGCGUAACCAAGAAUCCCGAGCCGGCCGAAGACCCUGCGCCAUCGCCUAUCGUCUGGCCGAACGCUUUGGCGCCCUCGUCCUCCUCGACACCUCCUCCGUCGCGUCCAGCCAUCCAUCGAUCCGCUGACCGCCGGGCCACCGCCGCCAUGGGGUUUCAUCGCGCCGCUAUAACACAGCGAGGUCACGUGCCAUCUGAAGAGCAAGUUGGUACCUGGAAUCUCAAGUCCCAGGCAAGUUGUGCCCUUGAUCACUUCUUUUUACCCAGCCAUGUUCUGAUUAAUCAUAAUGAUCUGCAUAGGUUAAAUUUUGAUGGGACCCAAUAGGUUACCCUAGUUUGAUUAUCUUUAUACCUUGUUACCACUGAACUUUUUGGGUAGUACUUGCUAGUGCUUUAUGUGGUUUUGGGUAUGAAGAUACAUUACUCAUGAUUAUACUUUUGUUAUUCGUUGUUAUUUAUCGUUCAUGAUAAGAUCAUUAUGUUAAUUGGAACAUGGAGCGACCACCCGGGAAAACAGUGCUACCACAAGGGUAUAAUGGGACGCCCUUGGCUGAUUAAUUAGGAAAGCUAGUGGAGGACUACCUUACCCGAAAGGGGCAAGGGCAGUAGGGGAGUGGUCAGUGUAGGGAGGCCCUCGGGAGGAUUUUGCUGCGAUGGCGGUCCUGCAAGGGAAUUCCUGCAUUGGAGCUUCCUAUAAACUGUAGCGGGUUUUCUGAAGCUAGUGGAACUUUGUAAAGGCCUCGUAGUGUUACCCUGCCUCGCCUCCUCGGUAGAGGUGUAUGGGAAGUCGCGAUCCCUUGGCAGAUGGGUAACAUGACUUGUGGGUAAAGAUGCGCAACCUCUGCAGAGUGUAAAACUGGUAUACUAGCCGUGCUCACGGUCAUGAGCAGCUCGGACCCUCACAUGAUUAAAUUAUGGAACUUAAACUCAAUUUGUCAUAUGCAUUGCAUCGCAGGUGAGGUUGUUACUUCUGUUCUACUAUUUAAUUGGGUUGGUAUUUACUUAUACUUAGUAAUUGCUAAUAAAAUUUUGACCAACUUUAAAAGCAAUGCUCAGCUCUAACCAUCCUUUUUGGUAAGCCUUACACUUCACAUGAACUCCCACCUUUGGCGAGUUCAUUCACAUUAUUCCCCACAACUUGUUGAGCGAUGAACGUAUGUGAGCUCACUCUUGCUGUCUCACACCCCCCCACAGGUCAAGAGCAGGUACCACAGGAUGAGGCGCGUGGAGGAUGCUGUGAUGAGUUCGUGAGUGGUCUAGGCCGUCGUCUCCCAGUCAACUUUGGGUUGCUGGACCGUUGUCUCCUUAUAAUGUAAUUAUUUAUUUUGUAUAGAACUCCUAUUAUAUAGUAAAGAUGUGACAUUCGAUCCUGUGCCAUGAUUCAUCAUAUGUG